CGGCAAUCUGUCACUGACAGUUUCAGUGGGGGGUUGUGGGUUAUUCAUUCAUGUAUUUAUUUGUUUGUGGUGUUUGAAUAAUUUUAAUCAUAAUUAUCACAGUAUGAUAUUUAUUUAAUUUUUACUUUAUAUUAAUUGUUAAAAAUUUGUACCAGUUCGUGUAAGAUGCCGCGAGGCAAGACUCGUCAUAAUUUGGAAGUUUGCGGGGAUUGCGGUGCUGCUGAUGCUACAUGGGCGUCAGUAAAUAAAGGCAUAUUAUUAUGCACUCAGUGCUGCAGCAUUCAUCGUAGCCUGGGCAGAUCUAUUAGUCAAGUGAAAUCUCUAGUGAAAAGUACUUGGAACCCCAAUCAGCUCACUAUGUUCUACACUUUGAAUAAUAACGGAGCUAAUAAUAUAUGGGAGCAUGCAUUACUUGAAAAUGGGUCAAAGCUGUUGAGAAAAAAACCAAAUGCCAAGGACCCGAUCAGCGUAAAGCAAGAAUAUAUCAAGGCAAAGCAUCUACAAUGUGCCUAUACCUUUCGUGAACAAUAUGAAGAUGGUCUUCUGAGCGUGGAAAAUGAACUAGGAAAACAAUUACAUGCCAGUGUUCGUUCUGCAAAUCUUGAAACUUCAUUUAGACUAUUGACAUCUGGAGCUGAUCCAAAUUAUUUUCAUGAUGAGAAAGGAUCUACACCACUACACAUUGCAGUAAGUUCUGAUCAAAAAUUGCAAGUUGAACUUCUCCUGGUUUAUGGGGCCAAUCCUAAUUCUCCAGAUAGCCAAGGACGAACUCCUUUGGAUUAUUCAAGACAAUAUAAUAAUAAAGAACUCAUGAGUCGUUUAAUCGAGAGUCAGUAUGAAGUAACGGACAGUUUUAGCUAUUACUUGGCACUAAGAAAACCUGAUCAUGCUGCGGGGGUACACUUCUGGAUACCUGCGACAGGAUUCAAAUCCAAUCCUGCUUCAUUAUCUAAGUUGCAGAAGCUAACUAAUCCAGUUUUUGAAGAACUAGCAAUGGAUGUAUACGAUGAAGUAGAGAGAAGGCAAACGGAAGCUAUUUGGUUGAGUUGUGCUGACACCACAGAACUCAACGUCGUGCCGUUUUUACCAGUCGACCCUACUCUUUCAACUAUCAGAAACCAAGGAAGACAAAAAUUGGCCAGAUUUUCCACUCCCGAACUGAAAACUCUUGUCUAUGAUGUUCUCAUCGAUACACAGAGAAGACAGAUGCCAGAUAAAGCACGAACAACUGAAGAUGAUGACGAUCCCUUAUAUGAUUCAGUUGCUGAAGAUGAAGACUAUGCAGAACCUAUAGACAGGGAGGAAGAGCCUGUCCGGAACAAAGACAGUAUUAUAUCUAUAGGCAGCAUCAGCAAAACAAACCAAGUGUUGGAACAGUUAACUAAGCAGUUGAAAAACUCAGAUAACACCAUAACGGAUCUACGUUCUGAGGUUUUAAAGUUGAGGCAUUACGUCAAAACGUUGCAGACUGAAAACUUCGAGUUGAGAGGUCGUAUGGGAAAAAAGGUGCAUUUUUCGAAUGGGGAUAGUGGUUUCGAUUCAUUGGAAUUCAUUGCAGAGAAGCAGGUUGUAGACGAGUCUCCCAGUGACAAACACGCAGACGAAGUUGAUUUGAGGCAAAAAAAAACUUCGCAGAGACCUACAAGCAUGUAUGAAACCAGAGAAGGUAUCAGUAAAGUAGCAAAUUGGCAGGCACUUAAGGCACAGAUCAAACAAAAUGAAAACGCGAAGAACGCAUCUUCAGGUCUGUAUGGUUCUCCAAAAGAGAGGGAAAUGGUCUUGCAGUGCACCGAGCAGAUAACCAGGACAAUACAGCUAUUGUGCAAAAGUAUUCAAGACCUGGAGAGAGAGGAAUGUGUGGCUAGUGGUGCUAAAGUGGGAAAGGCUGUUGCAAAAUUGGCUGGGACUAUACCACAGGAAUCUGAACCUGAGAAAAUCAAACUGAUGCUCGAAGCUUCAUCCAAACUCCAGCUGGAAUGCCUGAGCUUGCAAAUUGCCCGACUGAAAGGCGACGGAAAAUCUAUAGACGUGCACUUCAGCAACAUACGGGACAUCGGAUUCAAUAUUGCCAAAUACACAAAGGACAUUGUCACGAAAUAUUCAGCAAGCCAAUGGUAGAUAUUCAUCAAGUUACUGACUCGUUGAGUUUGUUGGUUGUUUAUUUUUUAAGUUUUUGCAUAUGCAUUAUAUACACAUUUAUUUACUUUUUUUUAUGACUGAUUCCUUUAUUUGUUUUUUUAUCAAAGUGGCUAAACUUUAGCUGGCGGAAUUUUUGCACAUGAGCUGAAGAAUCAUAUUUUUGCCUGGAUUUGUUUGCUGAAUCAAAUAAUCUAUUUAUAAAUAUAAAUAAAACAUAUUCUGCUUCAGACUUAUAUUUGUUGAGACAUUCCAAUAGCUUUAUGUCUUCAGUACACACCUCUGACAGGGUUUGUAUCAUUUUGUUGCAAUUUUCUCAUUAAGUAGCUUGGUAUAUACAGGACCAGACAUUUUAUAUUACUUAUUUUUACAUUUAAUCUAGAGACUGUAUUGGUGGGUUUCACUUUUAAGAUGUUGCUUGACCAAUAUCCAUAUUUUUCUGAAGUUGAAAAUUGUUUUUGACCAUACAGUGGAAUCAAUAAUUGAAAUGUAGCAACUCUACUGUAUGUCUGGUUUUUCAGCUACAAAUGCAUGAUUCCGUCUGCGCACGCUUAGUCUCUUCAUUUUUAUAUAAUUAAGUUCAAAAAACAAUUAUUGUAUAGCGGAAAGCGCAAUUUAACUAAAUACGUAUUGAGGAUCAAACAAUAAUGAUAAGUGUUUGUAAUUUUUCAUUGUUGGAUUUUUGCCAAAAAAUCAUGUCUAAACGUAGUUCCAGUUACUACUUUUCCAGUUGUUUUUGUACAUCUGUAUACAAAGUUAUAUGAUUUUUUCGUAAGAAACAUUUGUUUUCUUUUCAAUUUUAGUAUAGAAGAAAUCGCCCUUGUAUAUGGAUGCCUAUUUUUAUUGUAUCGUUUUAAUUGUAGAAUAUUUUUAGUGUUUAAGAAAAAAACAUUUUUAGCGCUUCAGUGGAGUUUUAAAUGAGAAAAUUGUAAUAUUAUCUUUUAUUCUUUACUUCACAGUAAUAUCUAACUUAAUCCUUUAUUUCGCAAUAUAAGUUGAAUAACUUUGUAACCUAAAAAUAUUAUUUAGAAUUGUUCCAAGUAAAGAAACUACAUAUUUUCAUUUACUUGUUUGAACAAGUAAGGUUUUCAAUUCUGUUAGUAUGAUGUGCCAAGUGUUUGGGCGUAAAUAAAUGAAAAUUCUCUUGAGAUUUUCACUUUCUUUAUGUCCUAAAUAUUUCUGGCCAUUAAUUCGAGCCCAAUAAGAAAUAGUAAUACAAUUUCAUCAUUCAAAAUCCCCUCCGUUAUGAUUCAAUAAUAUUUUACUAUUUCCAUCUCUUCAUUGAAAAAUUUGUUUUCAAUGCAAGUUUAAAAAAAAUAACACAGUUAUUUGUUUUUAUAUCAAAAUAUGUAUUACAAAAUAUUAAAAAUAUACAAAUAUUAAUAAUUAAUUAUGGUAACUCGACUGACUUUAUAUUGUAAUAUUGAUUUUAUACUGAUACUAAUAGAAUUGUUAUUGAUUAUUUAGCAUGACAUUUUAAAAAAAUUGAAUAAAUUAAGGCACAAUAUGCACCAAAAAUUGUUUUUAUUUUGUUACCUAGUUAUUAGUACUUCCAUAUGACUAUGGCCAAGUUUCCAGCAAAAAACAUAUAGAGUAGAGUGCUGCAUUCAUAGGAUAUCUCGAAUCCGAAAUCCUCGCCUACUACAACGUGAAAAGGAGGUCCGAGCUUUUUGUCCAUUUCGUUUUUAAUCAUUCUUGCUGCAGCCUGAAAAAAAUCUCAUUAUGUAUCUUUGCAGCAAAAAUAAAUAUCUUUUGGCUAUAUCAGUGGCGGCUCGUGACAAUCCAAACUGGUGAGGCCCAUGGCCCAUCAAGUUAACCCAAACAAACCCAAACAAAAUUUUCAAGUGUUACGCCCAAAUUUUGACCCAAAAUUUCAUUAAAAGAACAUCUCGGAUAUUUUUUUUGUAUAUUUCUAAUGAAAAUUUUCAUUUCUUACAGUUGCAAAACAACAGCAGUAGGUACAUAAUUCUUAUUUUAAUACAAAUA